AUAAAUUCUCUCUCCACUUGCCAACCAUAUCGCUUUUCUUUAAAGAUUAGAAAGAAAAAAAUUGGACUCUCUUACUCUCAAAACUAGUCCUUAAAAAAAAUGUCCAGGGAAAAUGGCUCCAAGAAAUUGGAUGACCAAAAAGUUCCUCUUUUGAAAAGCUACAAUCCUUCAAAUAAUGAAGGUGAUCAAUUUCAAUCUCCAAAGCAUUUGUUACAUGAUUCUAAUAAUACUCUUGAUUAUUAUGAAGAUAACGAUGAUACUCUUGUAAGAAGAGUAUGGGUUGAAUCUAAGAAGUUAUGGCACGUUGUUGGUCCUUCGAUUAUCGCUCGUAUCGCCUCGUACACUAUGUUGGUGGCUACCCAAGCUUUCGCCGGCCACCUUGGUGACCUUGAGCUUGCUGCUAUCUCUAUUGGGUGUAAUGUCAUUGUUGGGUUCGACUUUGGUCUCAUGUUGGGUAUGGCAAGUGCUUUGGAGACACUAUGUGGACAAGCAUAUGGAGCAAAAAAGUACCACAUGUUAGGAAUAUACAUGCAAAGGUCAUGGAUAGUGUUAUUCAUAUGUUGCAUACUUUUGUUACCUUUGUACAUAUUUGCUAGUCCUAUGAUGAAGCUACUAGGCCAACCGGACGACGUGUCCGAAAUGGCCGGAGUAGUGGCGUUAUGGAUGUUACCACUUCACUUCAGCUUUGCCUUUCAAUUUCCACUACAAAGGUUCUUGCAAUGCCAGCUUAAGGCCAACGUCGUCGCGUGGGUGUCCGUGGUGGCGUUGGUGGUGCAGUUGUUUGUGUCAUGGUUGUUUGUGUCCGUGUUCAAGUGUGGCAUCAUUGGUGUGGCUGUUACCCAAAAUUUUGGAUGGUGGGUUUUGGUUUUUGGGUUGUUUGGUUACACUGCUUUUGGUGGGUGUCCUUUAACUUGGCAGGGUUUUUCUAUGGAGGCUUUUUCUGGCCUUUGGGAGUUUGUUAAAUUAUCUACUGCUUCCGGAGUUAUGCUUUGCUUGGAAAACUGGUACUACAGAGUAUUGAUACUGAUGACUGGAAAUCUGAAGAAUGCUGAGAUAGCCCUUGAUGCAUUAUCAAUAUGCAUGAGCAUCAACGGGUGGGAGAUGAUGAUUCCGUUUGCAUUCUUUGCUGGCGCCGGAGUUAGAGUGUCAAAUGAGCUAGGAGCAGGAAAUGGAAAAGGAGCAAAAUUUGCAACAGCAGUAGCAGUUUUGACGUCCGUUGCAAUAGGGCUUUGCUUUUGGUUGCUAGUUUUGCUUUUUCAUGAAAACAUUGCUUAUAUUUUCUCCACUAGUACACCCGUUAUUGAGGAGGUUAAGAAGCUCUCUAUCCUCUUGGCCUUCACUAUCCUCCUCAAUAGUGUCCAACCCGUUCUCUCCGGUGUUGCGGUAGGAUCAGGGUGGCAAAGCUUGGUGGCUUACAUAAAUCUUGGAUGCUACUACUUGCUUGGUGCACCACUUGGGUUUUUGAUGGGUUGGACAUUUAAACAAGGAGUUAUGGGUAUAUGGGCUGGAAUGAUAUUUGGGGGAACUGCGGUUCAAACUGUGAUAUUAGCUAUCAUCACAAUUCGAUGCGAUUGGGAGAAAGAGGCUCAGAGAGCAACCUUCCAUGUAGAGAAGUGGGGAGAGGGCAUCUAACAUCAUAUCGAUUUGAAGCUGUAAUGACGCCUAAAUUGUUUUGUUUGGGAAACAAUUAAUUAUUUUUUAUAGAUAUAAUUAUGCAGGAGAAAAAUGUUCCUGACUUGUAAUCAAGCCAAUCUUCACUGGAAUAAAAAUUAUUGUAGUUUCACUAUGCCAUCUCCAUGUGUACAAUUGUUCCUAAGGCAUUUCGCUUAGACUAGGCCCCUAUUAUGUUCA